AUGCAGGCUGCACUCACUCUUCUGCAUGCAUGCAGCAGCACAGGGAACACCGCCAAGGGGACAGCACUCCUCUCCACGCCCGCCGUGCGGCGCCAGAACCUCUUGAUCGAAUUUGCAAGCCUAAAACAUGCUGCCCCCGCCGGCGUGUACAUGUCCCUCACCCCCUCCGACCCCACACUCUGGUCCGGCGUAAUCUUCACCCGCAAAGGCCCCUACCACGGCGGCAUCUUCAAAUUCACAAUCACCUUCCCACCCACCUACCCCACCACUCCACCAACCAUAAUCUUCACCACGCCCCUCUACCAUCCCCUCAUCUCCCCCUCCCCCCCACCCGCCUCCUCCCCCUCCACCACCCCCGGCCUCUUCUCCCUCCGCCACGGUUUUCCCCACUGGUUCACGCCGACUCCAAGUGCGCCAGCAACACCCACGCCGACGCUGGACGUGCUGCAGUACAUCAAGGCCUCCCUGACUGAGCUGUCGGUGCUGGACGACGUGCCGCUGAGCGCCGCUGAGGACGCGGGGGCGUGGCGGCUGUGGAGCGGGGGGGAGGGGCGCGUGGGGCGACGGGGGGUGGGAGGAGAGGGUGGGGAGGGUGGUGGAGGGGAGUAG